UUAAAUAAACAUAUUAUAUAAACUCCAAAUUUUAUCUCUGAAAGUAACAACAGUGUAUAUGUUAACGAAAUCGGUACACAAAUAUGAUCACGGUAUAAUUAUUCUAAUGAGGUAACCUUAGUUUAAGUUAUAAUGGAAGAAAAUACUCAAGAAAAAAAAUGUCUGAAGGUUUUUCAAACAAAUAGAGAUAAAAUAAGAAAACACUGGGAUAAAACAGAAUCAGAGGUGGAGGAAAUUUUGACAGAACUUAGAGAAUGGACAAAAAGCCAAAAUUUUCCAGAAAUGCCAACUGAUAGUAUGCUUGAAUUCUUUGUUACAAAUAAUAAAUAUAAUAUAAAAAGAACCCAGGAUAAUAUUAAAUCGUAUUAUGGCGUACGAAAAAAUGUACCGGAAUUUUUCAAAAAUUCACAUCCUAGAUUACCUGAAAUGCAAGAAUGUUGGGACAUGGGGGUUUACAUUCCUCUAGCUAUACCACACGAAGGUCUUUAUAGAGUAUCUAUUGUUAAACUAUUACCAUAUACCUCAAAAUUUCAUGCCAAUAGAUAUCAUGCGCAUUUAGCAAAUCUAUUCGAAAUACGGAUUUGUGAAGAUUUAUCAGUUAGUGAGAUACUUAUUGUCGACUACAGAAAUCUGCAAUGGGGCCAUGUCUUUAAAAUAUCUCCUUUUGUUAUACACAGAAUGGCAACAGUAGUUGAGAGCAUGUCAAGGACCAGAUUACAAGAAAUCCACUUUGUUGAGCCUCCAUCAUCGAUAAAUAUAUUGAUAACCAUUGCGAAGACCUUUUUAAAGAAAAAAAUUGCUGACAGAAUAAGAAUACAUAAUUCUAUGGAAACUUUAAUCGAUUAUGUACCCAAAAAUAUAUUACCUGAAGACUAUGGUGGUGAAGACAAACCUUUAAGUGAGUUAAUCGAUCUAUGGAAAGAAAAACUUAUGGAAUAUAAUGAACGAUUUGAUAUGCUUCAAGAAUAUUCCACGAAAGAUGCUUAGUAAUUUAUUUAUAGUCAAAUUUAAAUUUUAUUUUUGAUGUGUGAAACAAUAUUUUUUAUAUUUUGUAUAUUUUGGUAAUAAACUAUUGAAUUAU